AUGAGUAGCUGGACCGCCUUGGCGACUCUCUUACUAGUGUUGGCAUGCACUAGCGAGGCUGCAAAAUGCCGUGGAACUUAUAGAGAGCUCAGAGGGCGCGAUGGCUUCAUCCCAAGAAGAGGCUGCCGAGGACUCGACACUUUGGUCGGGGAAGAAUAUUGGACCACUGUUGGCUAUGACGGACAAUUGAGGGAUGGACGGACCACCGAUGACUUCCUUGUGUUCCCUUACGAGGAGAACAACGGACACCAACAAAGAAACGCGUUCAUCGGAUAUUGGAUUACUCGUACAAAGUACGGAAAUGGGCGUCAUCACGAAUCGUUCGGACACGUGUUCGUAAAGCCAAACGGUCGAGUCUGCGGAUGGUUCGUCGGUUAUGAAAAGGAGUCGGUCGAGGUGUGCGGUGGCUUCCGUGUGCUCAGCAAAAAUCGUCGCAACCCGAAUGAGGCAAUUCCAUUCGAAUGGGUCCAAGGUUCCCAUCUGCGCACUCGCGACACUAUUGGGUUCCACAAGCACCGCAUCGCCAAAAUCGAAACGAAUCCCGAUGAAAUUUUCUUUGGAGACGCUCAAGCCUCGGCCAAGAUUUUCCAAGGAAUCUCACCUAACUCCAACGAGUUCAUCGAGGUCAAAUCACCGGAUGAGUUCGUCCGCAAAGUGUGGCUUCUCAAGAAGAAGAAUCUCUCAAUCGAUGUACGUCCGAGGAAACCGGUUCAGGAAAUCCGUCGCGACGAUCUAACCAUUUACAGUGAUCCACAUUAUCAAGGAAAAAUCAACCAUCCGAAAAAUUACCCAUAUUAUGAUGUGAGCGGAUUCCCAAGCAACAACCCUUCGGAUGCGGCUCGGCCGGCUUUCGAUUCACGCGGAGUUCAAAUACAAUUCAGCAACUAUGAAACACGAUAUGUGUCUGAUAAUGGAAAUCCGUAUAAACCGGGAGAACCGGGCUUCGACGAAUACGAAAAGAGAUAUUGGGAGAUUCAAAAUAGUCGCGAAAGCUUUCCAUCGUCAAGAAUAGUUUCGCAAAAAAUUAUUCCGGCUUCGAAUAUUGUCUCUAAUCAAAUUUCUCCAGAACAACAAGCCUAUAAUGAGCAGAGACGUCGAAUUGUUCCUCAACCUGGAGAUGAACGAUACAACGAUUAUAUUGAACGAUUGCGAUCCGGUUAUAUCACUCCCGAAGAGGUUCCAGCUGUUGGCGAGCCUGGAUAUGAUAUCUAUGUUGAUAGAAUUUCGAAUGCUCGACAAAACUGGGAACGCCAGCACGGCAGAAAUCUAGAGGCCCCCGAAAACCAACCAUCUGUUAACUAUGGAACCACAAAUGAAGAACGCAAAUUUGCUGGGCGCCAUCGUCCUGGAGCAAGAACUCAUGGAAAUGCCUAUCAAGUGGGCGAUGGAGCACAAUCAGAACAUCAAAUUGGACAAGGUGUAGACCCUUCUGAAAAUCGUAACAUUGGACGAGGUGUUGAGUUUUCGAACAGCAUCGGAAAUGGAGCUCAACCGGCACAUCGAAUUGGAAGUGGGGUGGAGACAUCCGGAAAUCGAGAAAUUCCAGCCUAUGACAUUGGCGACGGAGCGCGUUCGGCGCAUCGAAUCGGAGAUGGAGUGGAACCAUCCGGAAAUCGAGAAAUUCCAGCCUAUGACAUUGGCGACGGAGCGCGUCCGACACAUCGAAUCGGAGAUGGAGUUGAAUCAGGAUCAAACGUUGAUGAUGAUGAUUCCUCCACUUACAACAUUGGAGAAGGAGCUCAACCAGACGGUCAAACUAUUUACAUUCCAACGGCCGAAGACGAGAAACGCAUGAAUUUGAAAAACGUCAAAUUGGCUCGCUUCCGUCCAGCGACAAUUGUUCGCGACAAAGAUGGUAAUACAUAUGUCCGUCAUGAAGAAAAUGGCCGCACUUAUUUCUAUUCGCCAAACGAUCCAGACCGCAAAAAAAUUGAAAUUCCGGAACUCGACCAAAAAAUUGAGAGAGAACUAGAAGAGCGUCGCCGAUUGGAGAGAGGAAUGAAAGAACUGAUUUCACAGAAAAAACCAGUAGAUAUUCCUUUGAAAACAGCCGCGGAAGUCGGUAAGCGAAAACACUAA